AUGAGCUCCUCCUUCAAUGGAAGCAGCAACAUCGACAACCUCCUGAUCCAAACCCUACUCGGACGCCUCCAAAUUCGUCCCCCUAACUCCCAUUUCCUCUCUCAAUCCCUAGACGACCUCCUCUUCAAAUCCGACGACAGCGAAGGCGAUGACGACGGAGACAGUCCGAACAACCUCGAUCGAGAAGAAGCCAGGCUGGAGAAAGAGCUAAUCAAAGUCAUCGUCUCGGGCCGGAGCGAUUCUCUCAAGCCGAAUUCGGGCCAGGCGGUGACAGUCAACGAGCACCACAUCUGCGUCGGGUACCACGAGGAUGAGGAAUCGGAUUAUCGCGUCUGGGAGUGGCAUGGGCAUAUCAUGCUGUUCGACGAAGAGAACGGGUAUACGCCGGAGUAUAUCUACGGGAAUUACUUCGAGAGGUUGCCGGUGAAGCUACCGAACCACCGCCGUGUGGAUAAGGAGAAGAAGAAGGAGACUAAAGAGGAGGAGGUUGAGAGUUUGGGGCUGAGAGAGCUGAUCGAUGGAGGAGACUCUGAUCGUGGCAGGGUUCUUCAUAGGAACAUCAACAUCGGCUCCUCAAGGGUCUAA